AUGUCCGUGCUGGCCGGGUACCAGUACUGGGUAAGCGGAUAUGCGGAUGGUUAUGGCGACGCUGUGUUUUUUAAAAAACCACGCUCUCUGGCUGUUGGUUCCGAUGCUGAUCUGUACGUAGCAGACGUAGGAAACUACUAUAUCCGCAAAGUUAGACUUACCACCAAAGAGGUUACAACGUAUGCUGGCACAUGCACCUCCAGCGGCGCUACAGACGGUGUCGCUACGAGCGCCUUGUUCCAGCGAAUCAAUCUCGUUUACGAGCGCGACAGCAUGUCAGCGUCCGAUCAACAUGUGCGCAAGAUUUACGGGUCGAAUUUGUCCUCUACUACAAGUAUUGACUCAAGCACUAGCUCACGUCUAUCCUCUUCAUCUUCAACUAAGAGUUCAAGCGCCGAAGGGAAUCCUAUUUUCUUGAGUGAUGGUAGCCGCAUCCUUCAAAUGAGCGAUGACGGUGAACUUACCUUAUACGCUGGUAGUGGUGAUGAUAUGAAUGACGUGGAUGGCGUUCUGCUGGACGCAAGGUUUAAUUCAAUUAGUUCCCUUGCAAUGAGUAGCAGCGGUGAUCUCUUUGCUUGUGACUAUUACAAAGUGAGCAAGAUUUCUGGAAACACGGUCAGUACGCUCUACACGGAUCCCUCCCCAUUGAGUUUUCACGGGAUUGCUGUGGAUUCUAUCGGUAACGUGUACGUCACGGAUUACUACAAUGGCAAGAUAACCAAGAUUACCUCGAAGGGCGUGUCCAGCACAUUCAGCACCAGUCUAUCCAACCCUUCGGGCAUUGUGACCGAUUCGUCUGAUAACAUUUACGUCACGGACAACAAUCGGGUGAUGAAAUUUACGUCGGGCGGUGCGAUGACUGUGCUGGCCGGAUCCACCUCAAGCGGGCUCGUCGAUGGCACUGGUACUUCCGCGAGAUUUUAUCACCCAGACGCUCUAGCUAUUGGUUCCGAUGGUGAUUUAUACGUCGCGGACAAAGCAAAUUACUGUAUCCGUAGACUUAAUCUCAUUACCAAGGAGGUCACUACUUCCGUUGCGAGCGGCCCAUUCGAAGUGAUCUGGGGGAUGGCAGCGGCCGCUGACAACGUCCUAUACGUGCGCGAUCGGUAUUCGGCAUCCGUUCAACGCGUGCUCAAGGUCUACACAGCAUAG